AUGCAACUUCGAAUGCCCCGAGCCACGGGUGGGAAUAUGGGGAGGACUAAAAAUAUCAUCCAUUUUGUGCAGGCCUUUGUCAUUUUCAUUGCCUGGGCGAUGACCAUCGCCGUCUGGACAAAGGGCGAUGGGAUUGACGGCCGUACAGUAUGGUACUGGCUUUUGUGUUGGAUCAGCAUCCCGGCACUCAUAUAUCUCGCUGCGGUACCCAUGUGGCCCCGCGCCCGUCGAUUCGGAAAUGUAUAUGCCUUUGCGACAGUCGAUAUGCUGUGGGCCGUAUUCUGGUUCAGUGCCUGGGUCAGCGUGGCUUCCUAUGUUGCGCAGGGCAAAAGUAUUGGCAAGUCGAGCGACAACAGCAAGAACAAGGCUACGAAUAAGACUGGUUGCGACAACUGGGCAUAUGGCAGUGCCAGCAAAUGCAAUGUCAGCACAGGUAUCACGAUUGUUGGAGUGAUCAUCUUUGUUUUGUUUGCCGUGACUUCGUGGAUGUCUCUUCGCAAUGUGAUGCACUUCCGCCGCACGGGUACCCUUCCCGAUGCGGUAUCCGAUCCCACCUUCGCUGCCCAGAGCAAGGCAGCCUUCUCAUCAAACCCGGCCCAUGACUUUGAGGAGGACGAGGACGAUUUCCGCUCGGGUCGUUCGGGCUUGGGUAUGCCAUCUGCCAGCGACCGAGAUGAGGACUAUGCCUUAUUGCAGCAGAGCGAGGUGGACGACAUUGGCAAUGCCCACGGCCGGAGCGCCCUGCAUGGCGCCUAUGAUCCUACAGGCCCUACGACCAGCAGUGUGCUUCAUGACUACAACAGCACCGGCUAUGGCGGUGCUCACGGGCAACACUAUGCCCCGCCAUCUGAAUUUGGCGCUUCCACGAGUGGCUAUGGUCGGUAG